AUGAAGUUCUCCCACAGCAUUCAGUUCAAUGCCGUUCCGGAUUGGAGCAGCCACUACAUCGCUUACAGCAACCUGAAGAAGCUCAUCUACACCUUGGAAAAGACCGUUCACCACCCCGGCGCCCCCGAUGUCGAGACCAGGCCCCUGCUCCAGAAUGAUCGGGGAGGCGACGAGCCCGAGGCCGCCUUCGUCCGCGCUCUGAACGUCGAGCUGGACAAGAUCGAGUCCUUCUACGCCAUCAAGGAGAGGGAGAUCCUCGACGAGGUCGAGGACCUGCUGCGAGACGUCGGCUCCUUCGUGGAGUCGGGCGGGAAUGGCCAUGAUCCCGCCCCGAGGCCGACGACCGGUCCCAGCGCCGAUCACGUCAGGCAGGUCGCCAGCGGUCGGAGUGCCCGCAGUGCCCGCAGUGCCCGGUCGACCGAGGACGGCAUCGAGGACAGCGACAGCGGCGACGACGACGACGAGACCUCGGCCCUGACCAAGAAGCGCCGGUCCAGCGUGGCCGGCGAGCGCAUGGGCCGGCGCAGGACCGUGGCCAACGUCAUGCACGCCUCGACCGACAUGACGGCCUCGACCGAGUUCAACCGCUCGGUGCGCCGCGCCAGCACCGGCUUCGACGACUAUGCCGAGAUCGGGUCCAUGUUCUCGUCGGGCAUCAUGCUCAAGAAGCGCCUCAUCAGCUUCUACGUCCAGCUCUGCGAGCUCAAGUCGUACGCGCAGCUCAACAAGACGGGCUUCCGCAAGGUCCUCAAGAAGUUUGACAAGAUCCUGGGCAAGGAGCUCCGCCCCACGUACAUGGCCAAGUCCGUGGAGCCUGCCGCCCCCUUCAGGCCCGAGACCCUGGAUCGCCUCGACGUCUUCAUUAGCAAGCUCGAGCAGGCCUACGCCGCUGUCGUCACCCAGGGCGACGAGGAGCUGGCCAAGAAGGACCUCCGCUCCCACCUUCGCGAGCACGUCGUCUGGGAGCGGAACACGGUCUGGCGUGACUUGAUCGGUAUCGAGCGCCGCGCCGAGGCCGCCAGCCUGGGCCGUGGGCUCUUGGGCGCUCAGAACGACGGUAUGAAGACCAGACUGCAGGGCGACGAGGAGCCGCUGCCCCCGACCAAGGAGAUCGCGACGCCCCUGGGCCGCUUUACCUGUCCGACAUGGGUGCUCGGGAAGCCCAUGUUGACCCUGCUUAUCAUCCUCGCCGUCUUCCUCGCCCUGCUGAUCGUCCCCAUCCUGGAUCGUCCCGAGCAGCAGAACUGCCUGGCCAUGUUGGUAUUCGUCAGUCUGCUGUGGGCGACCGAGGCAAUCCCCCUUUUCGUCACGUCGCUCCUGAUCCCAUUUCUGUGUGUGCUGCUUAACGUCGUCCGCUCCGACGACCCGCCCUACGCCAGGCUGGACUCGAAAAGUGCCACUGCCUAUGUCUUCUCGGCCAUGUGGACUCCGGUCAUCAUGCUUCUGCUGGGCGGUUUCACCGUCGCCGCCGCCCUCUCCAAGACCAAGAUUGACAAGCGGAUCGCCACCUUCGUCCUUAGCAAGGCCGGAACGCGACCGCGAACCGUCCUCGUCGCCAACAUGUUCGUUGCCGCGUUUGCGAGCAUGCUCGUCAGCAACGUUGCGGCGCCAGUGCUCUGUUUCUCCAUCAUUGAGCCCAUGUUGCGGAACCUGCCGUCCGACUCCAACAUGUCCAAGGCCGUCAUCAUGGGCAUUGCGCUCGCGUCCAACAUUGGCGGGAUGCUGUCGCCCAUCGCGUCGCCCCAGAACGUGGUCGCCCUCGGGUUCAUGGAGCCGGCGCCGACGUGGGGCGGGUGGUUCUUCGUCGUCAUCCCGGUCGGCGUCGUGUCCAUCAUUUUCAUCUGGAUCCUGCUGCUGGUGACGUUCCAGCCCGGCAAGGGCACGACGAUUGUGCCGAUCCGGACGGUGAGGGAGACGUUCACGAUCGGGCAGUGGUUCGUCUCCGUCAUCUGCGUGGCCACGAUCGGCCUCUGGUGCGCGAGCCACCAGCUCGAGUCGACGUUUGGCGACAUGGGCGUCAUCGCGAUCCUGCCCAUCGUCAUCUUCUUCGGCAUCGGCAUCCUGACCAAGGAGGACUUCAACAACUUUCCGUGGACCAUCAUCAUCCUCGCGGCGGGCGGGCUCUCGCUGGGCAAGGCCGUCAAGUCGUCCGGGCUGCUGCACACGGUGGCGGAGGACAUCUCCCGACAGGUCCACGGCAUGGACCUGUACGUCGUGCUCCUGAUCUUCAGCACGCUGACCCUGUUCAUUGCGACGUUCAUCAGCCACACGGUGGCGGCGCUCAUCAUCCUGCCUCUGGUCAGCGACAUUGGCAAGGCGAUGGAGGAGCCACACCCGAACCUGCUGGUCAUGAGCGCGGCCCUCAUGUGCUCGGCUGCCAUGGGCCUGCCGACGUCUGGGUUUCCCAACAUGACGGCCAUCAUGAAGGAGGACGCGACUGGGCAGCGAUACUUGCAGGUCAAGCAUUUCAUCACCCGCGGCGUGCCGAGCAGUAUCAUCACGCUGGCGGUGGUGGUGACGAUCGGCUACGGCGCCAUGCGCAUCAUCGGGUUAUAA